CGGCUCCCCGGCAGGGCCCCAGCACCCCUGGGAAUGACGGCUUCACCACAGCAAAAAGGAAAUUAUCGCUUUUUAAUAGCUGUGCUCCGUCACACCCCCGCGAAAGGAGAGCCUUAAGUUUCAUGGUGACACGAGAUUGUCUGGAUCUAAGGAAAUUUUUUCCCUUAUAUAAACUUCAGUGGCAUUUCCUUAUCUUUCCAAUUAUUCCGUGUGUUGCAUCUCUGCUAAUUACGAUACCCUACUGUGGAGCCGUUGCAUCAGGCCCAGCAGUCCAGUACAUGGACUGAAGAUUGGCACAGUCCUGCUAAUUACUCCUGGAUGCGGGCUCCAAUCCUGCAAAAUCAUACACCUACCCAGCAGUGUGUGGUGUUUAACAUUCACUACCUGAAGAGAUUUACAUCAAAGCGACAUUUUUCAGUGUAACUGCCUCAUAAUUGGCACAAAACACAGGCAUGGUAACAAACAGCCUUUUGCUUCACGACAGGUCACUGCUUCGAUGUGAUGGAGGAGCGUCUGCACGGCGCGGCGGCUCUUGCCGUGUGCCUGCAUGCUGCUGCUGAGGCCGGUCUCUGCUUCGUGGGAUUAUGCCUGUAGCUCCUGGUUGGAUACAUAGCCAAAGUUUUCUCCUGAAAAUCAAACUAACAGAAUCCCAUGGUUCCUCUCAUGCCAUAUGUUAGCUGCUUCUUUUCAAGAAGCCAGCGCCACUUCCAAACCCAUAAUGGAUCAUUAUGGACAACAGAGAUACUGGAAAUGUGUAGAUCUUCAACUACAUGGGUGGAGAGGAGAUGAGGGAGACUGUGCCAUCAGCAGCAAUGACUGGCAGUGGCACCUGAACUUCAGGACAUCCAAAUGUGCUUUCCUGAUGAUGUAUAUGGGGGUUACCUGGGAAAUCCAGAAGCCAUUUGCCAGCUGUGACUUUCUGUAUCUUGAUGAAAAUGUUUAUCCAUUGCCACCUGGUCCCACAGCCGAAUUAGCAGACGUAGAAAUGGCUUUUUUCUAAAAGUCAUUGCGUUGCCAUGGAAAAAGUAGUAUUGCAUCUGAUAAUGCUUGCCAGUGUUCAAGAGAUUACCAAUAGAUUUGUGUAUGGGGAAUUUCUGACUGAAACUGUUGAUGAAACCCCUGUUUCUGUUUUCUUUUCAUGAUGGUCGCUGGCAUUCACAAAGAGAAAGGUCGAUUCCUGAGUGUGCUGCAAUACCUUUCUUAACUACAUGUUAGAUUAACCGAUUUUAAUGCAGUAUAAGGUGCUAGAUUUCUCAGAAAAUCUUGCUUGUUUUCUGUAACGAGUAAGGGAGAAUUUAAAAAGAAAGUAUAAUUAGAAGGAAGUAUCUUGCUUUAGGGCAUGGAGUGAUUGCUACCUGGGGAAGGGUCAGGAAGGAAAAAAAUUUCUCAUGUAUAAUAUUGCACAGCUGGCCGUGUGCAUUACUGGGCAGGGGGAAGAGCCAGCGGUGUGAUACCUAUAGCACCAGCAUUCCUCUUCUUAUCCCUGAAGAGUCACUCUACUCCCUAAAACAUUAGCGAUGAAGCCUUUGACUGGAUAUUUGCAUUGUAGAAAAUAAGUGUUUGACUACCACGUAAGCAGCUGCAGGAUGACAAUGGAGCAUGCCUUUGGGAAAUUGAAAGGUAGAUGGCAGGUACAAACUAGAAGGCUUGAGGCAAAUAAAUAGUACCUGUCUGGAAUAAUAACUGUGGGCUGUGUUCUGCACAACAUCUGUGAAGUCAGGGAUGGGGCUUUGCUGAGACCUGGGAGGCAGGUGUGGGGUUACUUUUAGGAUGGAGGAUUUGAGCGACUUGCAAGGUGUUCCUUCCUGAAUGACAGUUGUUACAAUUUUAUAUAUUUUGCAAGAAAUCAUGGAUGGUUUUGAUAUGCUGCGGGGAAUAUGGGGGCUGUGCGAUGUGAUUUGGCACACUGCAACUUUAUGAAAUUCAGUAGAGUGAUGCAUCUCAGUCAGCUUGGUGUGUGUGUUUGGGUGGGAUUUCUCUGUAGUCAGGUGGAGAUGAUCUGUUGCACAUGCCAUGUUUUACGAGGUUUAAACUUGGGUCAUUUUUAGGUUAUGAUACAUGAUAAAUGCCAAUAUUUGGACACUGGAUGUCUCGUUCCAUGCACGUGGGCUGUGCUGUGCCUGCUUUGCACACAUUUCUUCCAGCUUUCAGCUUAAAUUGUGGCACAUCCUUACCGGUCCUUCCUCUGCUCUGUAACAGCAAUGCCUUCUUGGCUUGUUGGUUCUUUUUUCCAUUUCUUUCUACUCCCUCUCUCACUUUUUCUUGCUCUAUUAGAAGCCUUUGCAAAAUCCCCACACUCACAAGUUUUCCCGACACUGCAACAAAGGGAAAGUGUGAGCGCAAAUCCUUCUAGUCGUGAAAUGUAAACAGUUGUUGGUUGGUUUCCAAAACAGCAAAAAUGUAAAAAGCUACUGUACAAGUUUGGAAGGCAGUCCCUUAGAGGCUUUUCUUCAAGUCUUGAGAGAUCCUGAUGUUGAUAAAUAUUUCCCAGCUUUCUUUCAAUGUUAUUUCCAAGCUGCAUUUGCUACUGUGCUAAAUUUGAUUAGCACAGAGAGGCUAUGUGAGACAAAAGGCCCUGAGCCUGGGUAAGUAAUUAACCACGUGGUUCAGAGGAGGUUAUGAUGAGGCUGGGCUAGCGUUUGAACUUUUGCAGGAAGCUUUUAACAGCAGAUAACAUCCCCAGCUUGACUGGUGAAACAGCACGGGGUUUUCUGCAAACAGGGAAGACAGGGUUGCCAUAAUUCGUGGUGUCUGGCUUCCUGCUAUUCAUGUGGGCUGGAAGGGCACAGCUGCUAUUCGGAAGGCGGCCCUGACUUGAAUGUGUGUUAGGAGGUGACUUUGUAUAACUAAUGUGUGCUUUUUAGAUUCAGAUUCAGGAUGCAGACAUGCUCCAAGUUUUCAAUGCAGUUAAUUCAAUGAAUUUAAGGAGGUUGGACAGGUAACAAUGUUUCUUCCAACUAAUUUGCACUUUCAAGGUACUGACUCCUUGUACUUUACACAUACUUUUAAACCACAUUGAUUAAGGUUCUACUGUUAAGUAAAGCCUUUUAAGAUUCUCAUUGAUAUCAAAGAGCCUUUAUGAGGCCUUACUAAAGGAGGAAAAAAGCCACAGUGAGCUUUUAACUGAAGAGAAAAUGUCUUGCUAAGAUUUGUCAAGAUAACAAACUAGCACUGGUUUUGUGAUUUAAUUCCUUGCAUGAUCAAAAUGCAGUGCAUACUUUGUAAUGAGACCAUACAAUGCUUGUUUUUCAAUAAACUCUCUUUUCUGUUAUCAACCUAGUUUUAAGCCAGGGUGGUGAAGAACAGGCCAUGCGACAGGAGAGUUUUGAGGUGCUCAGAAAUGGGGAAAUCUUCAAUAGACUCCAGCAGAACUGGUAUACAAUGGAUGUGAAGGACGUGGUGUGGCUGGGAAAGAUAGUAGCUGUAUAGGGCAUUGUGGCUCACCUGCUUCUCUUCUUGAGCAUGCUGUAACUCAGGAGAAGGAGAACUUGGAAAAUAUGUUUGCUGACUUCUAGCCAAGCUGAUAGUAUGUGUUGCUGUGAAAAGAAGCAAACAGGCCUUGUGUAUCUUGAAAUGAAGUAAGUUUUAUCUGUGAAAUAAAGAGCUUCUAGCUGUCUGACAGACCUCUUGGAAGGAAUAUGUGGUCUCAUUCUUCUCAGGGACCUCUAGUACGCUCUCUGGCUGCACAGUGCAUCUGGGCUGUAUGCACUGGUGCUCCAGGCUGGAGUCCUGUCCAGAUCGUCGAUGUUCAGGUGACUCCUGGAUGAAUGAUUUGUUCUGUAGUUGCCAAGUCUUUAUGUUUUUGUGUGGUUCAGGGAUGUCCUGCCUUCAGCACCUCUCAGAACUCAUUUCAGGAGGACCUUAAGCAAUGUAUGAUCUGUGCUGGGACAGGAGCAGGUCAUGCAUCUUUUUUCUUGCAAAGUGUGAGACAAGGGCUCUAGCAUGGAUUCAGAUAGCAUGAAAACAACUAGGGCUAUCCAGGAAAUAUACAAUAAGGUCACUCUUGGAGUAGAUGAACACAGAGGCAGCAGCUGGUAGUGUGCCCAGUUCUAAAUGAGGAGGGGACAGCCUAGCCACUGUGACCUUAAUACAGGUCACUUGCAUAAACAGUGGCAGUCUGGGACAAGAUGAAAAGCUGUCUGAGAAGGGAACUGGAAGACAUCCAAAUUAUUUUGGUUCACAGGUGUGAGCACGGUAAAUAUUAUUGUGAUGUAACUUGGUCAACAUAAAAUCACUCCUGAUCCCAAAAUGAAUAACAUGAGGUAGCUCAGCAGUUAUUUUAAUACAAGAAGUUAUAAUCUGUGAACAUUUUUUUUUUUAAAUGAAAAUACAUCUGUUUAUAUCCUGAUAUUAAUUGCUUACUUUGAAAGGCCUCAACUGUUUUCAGGACUUUGUGCCAUACCCAUUGCUCUUCAGAUUAGAGACUAUUUUCAGCACACCAGUUGCUGACAGUAUGUUGUGCCAGUACAUUGUCAGCAUUCAGUAAAAGCAGUAAUAAUAAGUUAAGCAGAACUGCGUGUCUCCAUAGAGAGAUGAAUAGGGGGCUCUCUAAGCAUACCCAGAAGGUUUAGCCAGAAAUGAUUUUGAUUGAAUUGUUUGCAAUUUACAGAAAAGGAAAAUGCUUAGCAGUAUCCCAGGACUGCUGCAGGCACGGGAAGUGGUGCAGAUGCAUGGACGACUAAGUAGACUUUUACUUGGAUUGAGAUAACUCUUAGCUGUGUCCCAGGGUUAUGGAGCCCUGCAGCUGGAGAUAUUAUGAUUAAGUGAGAUGUAAAUCUCAAAUCCUGACCAUUUGUAGCUGGUAGAAUUUAAUAGCUUCUUUUGUUCAGAGCAGACUUCACAACCCUAAUAACUCGCUUGAUUCCUAAUAUCAGGCAUAAUAAUUCCUUAUUGUUAUGUGGCUAAGGAAUUUUGAUAUUUUGACCUAUGCCAGCCUACUCUUUGUGAACACGUGUUAAAUAGCUGCUUUGUUCAUUCUGUUCAAAAGCAAAUGGUUUCUUUCUGAAGUUUUUCCUGUAGAAGAUAGAUGUUUGGAUUUGUACCCACCAUGUUUAGAAGUCUUUGAGAUAAGAGGCUCUGCCCCAUUUCACUGUGUGUCUUCCUACACCUGGAGAUGGAAUAAUCGGUUGAUGAAACAGAAAGACACGAGAAAUGAGUGUGCUCUGCUCUGCUGCCCAUAGCAUACAAGGUGAAACUGAGCUGGCACCAAGGGAAAAAAGUAAUGGCUUGGUUGGGACAGUGGCGGUGUACCUCUUCUAGACCCAGCAAAGGGCCAGGAAGCUCCAAACCCAUCUCUGGCCUGUGUCUCCGGUGGUACCUCCUUCUCGUAUGAGGCUGUUCCUAAACACAGAAUAGUCCUCCAUGAGGUCACUUGCUGUAUAUCAGGGUGAGGAGUGACUAUGAUAAAUUGCUGCUGCUGCUGUGUAUACUUUUCAUCCUGGGCUUAUGACAACGAGCUUUACAGCAAAACUGAAAUACUAAAUGAUCAGACUCUAACGUUCACAUGGAUGUGAUUCGUUUCUGUGAGUUCAUUCUUCUAUUUAGAGAAAGAUAUUGCUACCCUCCCUUAUGCACUGACACAGUUGCCAAAAUAACCACUCUUACUAACUGGCAGCUUUAAAAGCCAGCCUGCAGCUGACUUUGAAACAGAAGGUCAGCAAACGGAGCAACAGACUUCAAUUCAGAGCUUUAAUGGGAGCCAUUGACCACAGCAAAAGGCCUUGACUGGAGUGUCUAGAGUGUGCUUUGCACAGGCCAAGAAGUCACUUUCAUACUCUUUGAACCUUUUGUAUAAACCUAUAUAUUUUUCACUCUGUGGAUUUCAAGAUGAAUGUGCAGCCGUGUGCUAGAUGUGGCUAUGGGGUUUACCCUGCUGAGAAGAUUAACUGUAUAGAUCAGACAUGGCAUAAAGCCUGUUUUCACUGCGAAGUAUGCAAGAUGAUGUUAACAGUAAACAACUUUGUUAGCCACGAGAAAAAGCCUUACUGUCAAGUACAUAAUCCAAAAAACAAUGCGUUCACAAGCAUAUUUGAGACACCAGUAAACAUAAAUGCAAAAAAACUGUCGGAAGUGGUAAGUGAGAUAAAAUAUCGAGAAGCGGGCGAACAAUUCAAAUCAGUCUUUCAAUGGGAUGUAAGGUCCAGAGAAAUUGAAGCUGCCUAUAAAGCCCAACAACUGACCACCCAGAAUGCUUACUAUGCUGCCUAUGAAGAGGGAAAGUCGUGGUACUCGGGAACCAUCCCAGAUCCUGAGAUGGUCAGGAUAACACAGGCACAGAAGACUUCAAGUGAUUUUCAAUAUACAGAAGAAUAUGAGCCACGGAGAGGCAAAGGCAGCUUUCCUGCUAUGAUUACUCCAGGUUAUCAGGCUGCUAAGAGAGCUACCCAACUAAGCAGUAAUGUAGAAUAUAAGCGGGGACAUGAAGAGAGAGUUUCAAAGUUCACCUCUGUUGUAGACACUCCAGAUAUACUUCAUGCAAAGGUUGGAGGACAGCUUUCAAGUGAUUUGAAAUACACAGAAGACUUUGAAGAACGGAAAGGGAAAGGCAGCUUUCCUGCUAUGAUCACUCCAGCUUACCAAAUAGCCAAGAGAGCAAAUGAAUUAGCCAGUGAUGUAAAGUAUCAUCAAAGAUAUGAAAAAGAGAUCAAGGGAAAAGCCAGCCAUACAGCUGGAACAGAUGUUACUUUUGCAAGAGAAAACGUAGACCAAUAUGGCCAGGAUUAUAUGGAUGAAUAUGAAGAACGCAGAGGGAAAGGAAGCUUUCCUGCUAUGAUCACUCCAGCUUAUCAAAAUGCCAAGAAAGCAAAUGAAUUAGCAAGUGAUAUAAAAUACAAGAAGGAUCUUUCCAAGAUGAAAGGUGCGGCUCACUUUCACUCCCUAACAGCUGAAGACAACUUAGUCCUUAAACAAGCCCAAAGUGUUAACAAGCUUGUCAGUGAGGUGGAGUAUAAGAAGGAUCUUGGAAACAACAGAGGCUACAGCAUGAACUACUGUGAUACUCCGCAAUUCAAGAACGUGAGCAAGAUCUCCAAAUUCACCAGUGAUCUUAAAUACAAAGAAACCUACGAGAACCAGAUGAAAGGUCAUUAUGUAGGUAUUGGCAUGGACAAGCGAAUGCUACAUGCCAUGAAAGUUGGAAGCUUGGCAAGCAAUAUAGCCUAUAAAUCUGAUUACAAACAUGACGGUGUUGACUACAAUUACCCAGCUACUGUCACUCCUUCAUAUCAGACAACAAGGAAGUUGGUCCCUUUGAAAGAUGUAAACUACAGACAAAGCAUAGACAAACUGAAGUACAGCUCUGUUGCCAGCACUCCACAAAUGGUUCAAGCCAAAAUAAACGCGCAGCAGCUCAGUGAUUUGAACUACCGAGCCCAGUAUGAGAAGACAAAAACAAAUUACACUCUACCUCAGGACGUACCUCAGUUAGUCAAAGCAAAAGCCAAUGCUGAGUUAUACAGUGAGAUUAAGUACAAAGAAGGCUGGGAGAAGAGUAAGGGCCGGGGCUUUGAAAUGAAACUUGAUUCUCUGCCUUUACUUGCUGCCAAAGCUUCAAGAGAUCUUGCCAGUGAUAUUAAAUAUAAAGAAGAAUAUGAAAAAACAAAAGGAAAAGCAAUUGGAACCAAAGAUUCGAGACUUUUGCACUCUCUGCAGGUGGCCAAGAUGAGUAGUGAGAUUGCCUACAAAAAAGAUUUUGAGGAGAGUAAGACUCAUUUCCAUCUGCCUAUGGAUAUGAUAAACCUGAGACAUGCUAAGAAGGCCCAGGCACUUGCUAGUGACUUAGAUUAUAGAAAGAGACUCCAUGAAUACACAGUGGUCCCAGAAGAUAUGAAGACCAAAUGGGCAAAGAAGGCUUAUGGUCUCCAGAGUGAUCUUCGAUAUAGGGCAGAUCUGAUGUGGAUGAAAGGAGCUGGGUGUAUCACAGAAGGAAGUCUUAAUAUACAACAAGCCAAAAAGGCAGGAGAUUUGGUCAGUGAGAAAAAGUACAGACAGAAGGCUGAUGCUCUGAAGUUCACCAGUGUGGCUGACAGUUCUCAGAUCAAACAUGCCAAGAAAAGCCAGGAACUGCAGAGUGAUGUUGCCUACAGGUCAGGAAAAGAGCAGUUUCUUCAUCAGUACACCAUCAGCAAAGAUGAUCCUGUCUUCCUGCUGGCCAAAGCAAAUGCUGCCAAUAUCAGUGAGAAACUGUACAAGAGUAGCUGGGAGAAGCAGAAGGAAAAAGGAUUUGUGCUUCGUCUGGAUGCUUUGUCAUUCUUGACAGCUACGGCAAAGAGGGAUCUGGCAAGUGAUAUUAAAUAUAAGGAAGGUUAUGAGAAGAUGAAGGGUAAGCUGAUUGGAGUAAAGGCUGUGGAGGAAGAUUUGCAGAUGGCUCAUUCCCUUCAAAUGUCAAAGUUGCAGAGUGAUCUGGAAUACAGGAAGGCAUUUGAGGACACAAAGAAUCAGUUCCAGGUCUCCAUGGAUAUGAUUAACCUUGUCCAUGCCAAAAAGGCUCAGAAUUUGGCCACAGAUAAAGGAUACAAGACAGCUCUCCAUCACUACACAGCCCUGCCUACUGACAGGAAAGUGGCAUGGGCCAAGUGGGCCUAUGGAUUGCAAAGUGAUAACCGAUACAGAGCAGAUUUGAACUGGAUGAAAGGAGCUGGAUGGAUAGCCACUGGGUCAUUAAAUGUGGAGCAGGCUAAGAAGGCAGGAGAACUCAUUAGUGAGAAGAAGUACCGUCAGCAUCCAUAUGCUUUGAAGUUUACCAGUAUUAAAGACACUCCUGAGAUGAUCCAGGCUAGAAUUAGUUAUAACCAGGCUGUGGAUAGGCUGUACAAGGAGCAUGGAGAGAGUGUAAAGCAUCAGUAUACGCCAACAACAGAUCUUCCCGAAAUCCUUCAGGCCAAAUUAAAUGCUAUGAAUAUCAGUGAGAUUCGCUAUAAGGAGUCCUGGAGAAAGAUGAAAGAUGGUGGCUAUCAGCUGAAACUAGAUGCCAUUCCCUUCCAGGCAGCAAAAGCUUCGGGUGAAAUCAUAAGUGAUCACAGGUAUAAGGAGGCAUUUCAGAAAAUGAAAGGACAGAUGGUUGGCUCACGUGGCCUGGAUGGCGAUAUUCAUAUUGCUCAUUCAGUCCAUGCAGCAUCACUACAGAGUGAUGUUAAAUAUAAGCAAGGUUUUGAAGAUACAAAGGCUCACUUCCACCUGCCACUGGAUAUGAUAAACUUGGUACAUGCCAGGAAAGCCCAGUCUUUGGUCAGUGAGCAAGAAUACAGACAGCUGCUACACCAGUACACUUCUUUGACUGAUGAUGUGAGAUUGCGGUGUGCCAAGAAUGCAUACAAACUACAGAGUGAGCAUUUAUACCGUUCUGACAUGAACUUUAUGCGAGGAGUUGGAUGUAUUACUCCAGGGGCCCUAGAGAUUGAAGGAAAGAAGAAAGCUUCUGAACUCAUCAGCGAGAGUAAAUAUCGUCAGCAGCCACAUUCCUUCAAGUACACAUCGGUGACAGACUCUCCUGGCCUCCUUCAUGCAAAAUUCAGCAAUAUGAUUGCUAAUGAGCGCAUGUAUAGAGCAGCAGGAGAGGACAGUCAGCAUCACUAUACACCAACACUGGGUCUGCCUGAGUUUACACGGGCAAGAAUAAAUGCAGCCAACCUCAGCGAUGCAAAAUACAGGGAAUCUUGGCAUAAUCUACGUGCUCAAGGCUACAAGCUGACAACGGAAGCACUCCCGUUCCAGACUGCCAGGGCCUCCAGAGAAAUUGCCAGUGAUUACCAGUAUAAACACAACUUUGUGAUGGAGAGAGGAAAGCACAUUGGUGCCAAAAGUGUGCUGGAUGACACCAGGUUGCUGCAUUGCUUGCACGCUGCCAAAUUACAGAGUGAACAGGAGUAUAAGAAGGGAUCCCAAGAAGUGUGGUCUCAGUACCAUCUGCCCAUGGACAUGGUGAAUCUUGUCCAUGCCAGAAAAGCUCAGGCCUUAGCGAGUGAUCAAGAUUACAGAAAGAGGCUUCAUGAAUUUACAGCACUCCCAGAAGACAUGAAGAUGAAAUGGGCCAAAAGAGCCCACAUGCUACAGAGUGAGCAUCGCUAUAAAUCAGACCUGAACUUCAUGAAAGGAGUUGGUUGGAUGGCUCUGAGAUCUCCGCAGAUAGAAAGUGUAAAGAAGGCUGGAGAGCUCAUCAGUGAGAUAAAGUACCGUCAAAAGCCAGAAAGUUUGAAGUUCACCACUGUGGUUGACUCUCCAGAUUUGAUCCAUGCUAAAACCAGCUACCUCCAGUGCAGUGAUAGACUGUACAAGGCUGGAGACUCUGAAGCCAGGCACAGGUACACCCUGCCUCCUGAUCAUCCGGAUUUUAUCCGAGCCCGCCAGAAUGCACUUCACAUCAGUGAUAAAUUGUAUAAAACAUCUUGGGAACAGACAAGGGCGUCUGGCUAUGAUUUAAGGAUUGAUGCCAUCCCAUUCCAGACAGCAAAGGCUUCAAGAGAGAUUGCUAGUGAUUACAAAUACAGAGAAGCCUUCCUGAGAGACAGAGGCCAGCAGAUUGGAUUCCUCAGUGCAAAUGAUGAUCCCAAAAUCAGGCAUGUCCUCAGAGUGGGGAAACUCCAGAGUGACAACCAAUACAGGAGUGGAUAUGCCCAAAACAUGGCACAGUUCCAGAGUCACCUCAACCAGCCAGGAUUCCUCCAUGCUAAGAGAAGCCAGCAGCUUGCAAGCAAUGUCAACUACAGGCAGCCUUUCCACCAGUACACUUGUGAUCCUGAGCAGCUAAAUGUGAAGCAUGCAAAGCAGGCCUACAAGCUGCAGAGCGAUGUAAAAUACAAGUCUGACUUGAACUGGCUCAGAGGCAUUGGCUGGACUCCCCCAGGUUCUCACAAAGUUGAAAUGGCAAGAAGAGCUGCUGAGUUGGCAUACAUUCGGGAAAUGGGAUUGCAGGGUGCUUCUGCUCAGUAUGGACCUGGAGAUGACCAAUUGGAGACGGACGGAUCUCAGCAGGUCACAGUCAACCCUGAUGCUUCAGAAGUUCUGCAAGUGAAAAGAAGGAAAAUGCAGCUGUAUCAGAAGUAAACAGAAACAUGAAAUAACACAAAUAGAUUUUUAUCUUGUCCUGCAAAUCCUGUAGCUCUUCCUCUUUUCUGGGAAGCACAAUAGAGGGUGUCUAAAACCUUUUUGUUUUAAAAAGCAACCUAAACAUUGCAAUUUAUAACAUCUUUAUAACAUUUUU